CUCGUUAGUUGCAGUCCAAUGUUACACAAACUAUGGCUUGUGAAGUGUAGUCAUGCUAAUGUAAUGGUCCUCUUAAUAAGCUUAAUAGAAUAUUAUUGAGUUGUGGUGUUUUGAGUGAUGCGAUUAUUCAGCAGUUUCCGUUUUGCUAAUCAUCCAAGUUAAGCGUUAUUGUGCUCGGCAUUGUAAUAGUCGGCAGGAAUGCAACAAGUUGAAGUUGGGAAUUUUUUGAACGUGACUAGAACAAAGAUACGGAAAGUGUUGAAGCCUUCAUUUUUGUGUGGAUUCGACAACUGUAUAAUAUCUUGAUUGGCUUCUUUACGAUAUUCGGACAAUUUUUCAAGUAGCACAGUCAAGCAAGAUUCACGACAAGAUGGUGAUUAAAGUGUACUACUCGGAAAUCUCGGCACAUAAAGAGGUUAAAAAGCGUCAGCAAAAAGUUAUGAUGAUUCUGGAAAGCAAACAAAUUCCGUAUGAAGCUAUCGACAUCACAGAAGCAGGCAGAGAAAGCGAUAAAGAUUUCAUGCUAACAAAUGGAAAAGCAAAAGAGGGAUCCAAAGUUCUUAGUCCACAAGUCUUUAAUGAAGAAACUUACUGCGGAGACUAUGACGACUUUGAACUCGCUAAUGAAAAUGAUGAACUGGAGAAAUUCCUCAACGUCGAGAAAAGACCAAGUAUUGUACGAAAUGGGAGUCAGAAUGGUACCGCAGCCAUCAAUGGCACCUCUAGAGAAAGUUCUGCUGAAAAGCAGGUCGUUGUCGAGGAGAAAGUUGUAGAGGAACUAUCUUCUGCAGAAGUUGCAUCAUCAAAUCCCGUACCGACUGAGGAAGAAUCACCUGCCCUAGAGACAGACGCCCCUCCUCAAGAAUCUCAUACCGACGGGGGCGACGAGGAGGAGGAAAUGUCCACUUCCGAACCUGUUCCACAGCCUCCAGCGGAAGAAAGUCUGGACAACAUACAGCCAGAUCCCGAGGUGGAAGAAGAGGAAGAAGAAUUGGAGGAUUAAGUUUAUUCGAAACACAUAAAAAAUCUUCACAUUUACACCAAAUUAAUCACAAUUAGGCUAUUGUCGAGCAAAAGCAUUUCAACUACCAAUUACUCUUAAAAUGUAUAUUAUUAGAAGGCAAAUUAUACCUUAAUAUGCCCUCUUAUGCAUGCAAUGCUACUUCCGUUCAUCGAUUUUUGAAAGACGUUGGCCUACCAUGGUUUGAUGGUUGGUGAAUAUUUAUUAUUGUUAUAAUUAUGAAAGCUAUUAUUGGUUGAUGGAUCGAUUUGGUUCUGCUCACCUACAUAUUUACAUACACAUAGCGUGUAAAACAUGAUUCGUGUACUUGUCGAAUUUAUACACAACACAAGUUAAGUAUGUUGUUCAUUGAAUAAGAUAUUUUGUUCACUACUUUAUCAGUUAUCCAUCCAAACUUUACGUAAUGUACCUCUUCCAACGAUUGAUUUGUAUUGUUUUUCAUUGACAAAUUUGUAAAAUGUAAUAAUUCGCUCACUAGAUUGUAAUGGAAUAGCAAACAGAAUGUAGGAAAAGUGUUGAAAAUUUCAAUUGCUUUGAUAAUUGAGCUUUAAACGUGAAAUAUUUAUCAUGUAACAUUUAAUACUCUAUAAUUUUUAGUCAUUUAAUGUGAAUUCGACAAAAUCACAGAAAAAUAUACAUAUACUUAACGAUUACUCAACAAGUUCAUGCAAUUUUAAUAAUCCUAAAACUUUACUAUCCAAAAAAGCUUAAAGUGAAAGUACUUUUUUGUCAAUGCAAUAGCAGAGAGUGAACGAAAUGACUGCUGUCAAAAAAUUUCCGCUAAUAUUAUUUAUGAAAAUCGAUGCAAUUGGUACAAUAAUAAAAUCAUGUCUGAUGUUUAUUCAAGUUUCUUCAAGGGAUCCAUGUUACAAACAUUGAAACAUUGCCUGAAUAAAGCUGUCUUAAAUAAAAUUUA